AUGAUUAGCGUCGGCCUGCGUCGUAGUUUAAUUUUCAGAAUAGUUUGCAGAAUGUUUUCUAACAAAUACGAGGAGGCUGUUCAUAAACUGAACUCACUACAAUCCAAUAAAGCAACUAUUGCACAAAUUCGCAAGGAUAUAAAAACUGGCCAAAAAUGUACAAACUUGGAAGACAUGGAAAAUUAUCUUAUGAGAACUGGAAUUUCAUUGAACACACUUGAUAAAUUAUCUGUGAUACAUGUGGCUGGCACUAAAGGAAAGGGUUCAACUAGUGCAAUGUGUGAAUCAAUAUUACGCGCACACGGCUACCGUACCGGUUUCUACUCAUCGCCACAUCUAGUAGCGGUACGAGAACGAAUCCGAUUGUUUGGAAUACCACUUUCUGAAGAGGCAUUUGCAAGGCAUUUUCAUAAAGUAUAUGAUUCUCUAUAUAAAACUCAGGCUUAUGAUGGUGACAUGCCGAAAUAUUUCGCGUUCCUUACAGUGAUGGCGUUCAAUGUGUUUCUAGAAGAGAAAGUAGAUGUCGCGGUUGUGGAGGUCGGCAUUGGCGGUAUUGUUGACUAUACUAAUAUAAUAAGAAAAGUUCCAGUUAUUGGCAUAACAGCACUGGGACUAGAUCACACUGCCAUACUGGGUACUACACUACCAGAAAUAGCAUUGGCUAAAGCCGGUAUUAUGAAACCGGGAUGUUUAGCUUACACGGUACAUCAAGAAACUGAUGCUAUGGAUGUACUGAGACGGAAAGCUUUUGAAUUUCAAUGUCCUCUUACCAAAGUUCCCAAUUAUAGUACAUAUGCAUUUCAAAAUGGUCUUCGUCUAUCCAUAGAAUUAGAAGCUUAUAGGAUGAAUGCAUCAUUAUCUAUUCAACUGGCUCAUGCAUGGAUGAGAAUAAGAACUAAAGAUAAAAAUAAUAUAGACAACAAAAAUCAAAAUACAGAUUUAUUAAUCAGUAGCUUGUCAAAGGAAACUGUGAUUGGCUUGCGGGAUUGCAAGUGGCCUGGGAGGUAUCAGGUUAUUGAAACAGAUUAUGGUUGUGUAUAUCUUGAUGGGGCUCAUACAAAAGAAUCCAUGGAAAUAUGUGCUAAAUGGUUUACGGAAAACUGCAGGUAUAUUAUAUUUUACGUAUGUGACAAAGCCGUAGUACUGAUGUACAGUCUAUAUAGAAUGAGAAAUUUAAUUGCCUUUCUUGUUUGUCUGUUUCUAUUCCAUAACAAGUAUAAAAAGCAUUUUUUAAAUUAA